AUGAUCUUCUUCUUCUUCUUCUUCUUCUUCUUCUUCUUCUUCUUCUUCUUCUUCUUCAGCGUCUUCUGCUUUUCUUCAUCACAGUUUUCUUCCUUCACUCCUUCUUCCUCCUUUUCUGCUUCUUUUUUCCUCCGCUUCUGUUUCAUUUUUCUCCUCCUCCUCCUCCUGCUCCACCUCCUCUCCUCCUCUCUUUCUUCUUCUUCCUCCUCCUCUUCUUCUUUCUCCACCUGCUUUUUUCUUCCUCCUCCUCCUUUUUCUUUAUCCUCCUCCUCUUUUUCUUUUGCCUCCUCUUCAUCAUCAUUUUUGAGUGCCUCUCCUUCUUUUUCCUCCUCCUCCUCCUCUUCUUUUUCUUCUUUCUCCACCUCCUCUUUCUUCUUCUUCCUCCUCCUCCCUUUCUUUUUUUACUUCCCUCUCCUAUUCUUCUUCCUCAUUGUCUUCUUCUUCUUCUACUCCUUCCUUCUCCUAUUCUUCUUUUUCCUCCUCACCAUAUUCUGCUUCUUCCUCCUCCUCCUACUCUACUUCCUCUCAUUUUUCAUCUUCUUAUCUUUCUUUUUUUCCACUCUCUCACAUCUUCUUUCUCAUUUUUUUUUCCACCACCACCUCCUCCUCUUCUUUUAUUAUAACAGCAACAACAUUGAUUCCUGUAAUCAUUCAAGCAGAAAAGUGCAUACAUAA